GAAGAUUAACGUCAUGCCGUAAACCGUCAUUGUCGCGAAUUUCCUCGGUGAUAUUUAAACAAACAGGAAAAACAAAAUUUAUUAUGUCAGCAGUUUCAGAAAUUAUCCGUUGUUCAGAUUUUGCAGCAAUUAAACACAAAGAUCAAAGAAGAAAAGAUAAAGAAAAGACACCAUACAUUAAUCAUCCAAUAGGUGUGGCCAACAUUCUAACUCAAGAAGCCGGUAUAACAGAUGUAGCAGUUAUUCAGGCAGCCCUUCUCCAUGACACAGUGGAAGAUACAAACACCACAUUUGAAGAACUUUUGGAAAAUUUUGGGGAAGAGGUCACAGGUCUUGUUAGAGAAGUAACUGAUGAUAAAAAUCUACCCAAGCUUGAGCGAAAACAGAAACAGAUAGACCAUGCUCCCCAUGCGAGCUACAAAGCUAAGCUGGUCAAGCUGGCUGACAAGCUGUACAACUUACGCGAUCUCAAUCGGUGUACACCACUCGGAUGGCAGGAAAGCCGAGUAACGGAGUAUUUCCAGUGGGCCAAAAAAGUCGUGGAUGGACUCAGAGGGACGAACCAGGCCAUGGAAAACAGCUUGGAUGAGUUGUUUAAAGAAAGGAAUAUUAUAUAGCCUAAGGGUUGUUGAAAUCUGUUUUAAUUUUUUCAUAUUUUACACACAUACAUGUACCAUUGAUUUAAUUUUC